AUUUGAUCAAUCCUCUCCCCUCUCUCCCUCCUCUCCCACCUCUCCCAGGCCGUGAUGAGUGGCCGGCGUGCCUGACAGUGCCUGACAGUACCUGGGAGUGCCAUGAGCCAGCAGGAAGAGGUGGAGGAGGGCGUGUGUGAGGAGUUGGAGGAGCCUGAAGGCCCCCCCACGUGGAGCUCAGGCUGGGACGACGAGUGUACAGAUGUAGAGGCCGACCCUGACCCCCAUGCCACACCAGAGCGGGAGAUCCUGUGGGCAUGUGAGAACGGCCAGCAGAGUGUGGUGGAGAAGAUCCUGCUGCAGCACCCUCAGGCAGUGGCCGCACGGGAUUCCGACGGCUACACCCCCCUUCACCGUGCCGCCUACAGUGACCACCUGGAGAUUAUCAAGCUCCUCCUGCAAGCCGGCGCCUCCGUGUCAGCCAAGACAGUAGACGGGUGGCUGCCCCUGCACUCUGCCUGUCGCUGGAACCACCACACCUGUGCCCUGCUGCUUCUGGACGCAGGCAGUGACAUCAACGCCGUGACCAACAGUGGCCAGACCCCACUCCACCUUGCCGCUGUGAACCCCCAGGCCAGGGAGACACUGCAGCUCCUUCUUCAGAGCCGCCAGGUGAAGCCGCUCUUGGCGAACAGCAACGGGGAGACAGCCAGGGACAUUGCAGUGAGGAGCGGCCCUUUUGUGUACCUAUUCGAGGUCGCCGAGCCUGUUUUAAACGUGUGUGAGGACCCGGAGUAGUGUGGCCAGAGUGUGUGGCGGAGAGGCGGCUUGACGAGGUGCUGCACUCUCACAUACACUUCACUUCUGCGUCACUCUCCCGGUUCACUGUGGCUGUGUUU